UAAUUGUUUUUCAAUCAACCUCCAAUCUCCUUUAAGAAGACACUGUCACAAGUCCAAUGCACAACAACUAACACUUAGAAAAGAAAUGUCCACCUUCCUCUCUGUCUUCCUUCUCCCUUUCUUCCUCUUACUAUCUCUUUCCUGCUUCUGUGGCACAACCAGCAGUGGCGGUGGCAGUGGCGGUGGCGGUGGCAAUAUCAUCAAGGAAACUUGCCGGAAAUCUGCCAAGGGUGACCCAAACAUAAGCUAUGAAUUCUGUGUUACCUCUUUCCAAUCAAUUCCAAAGACCCACAAUGCUACCCUCAAAGAACUUGGGGUCGUGGCAAUGAAGCUAACAAAAACCAAUGCCUCCAACACCAAAUCCUUCAUCAAGAAGCUCUUGAAGAACAAGAAACUCGAUCCAUAUGACAAGCUAGCAUUGAAGGAUUGCAAGGAAGUCUAUUCAGAUGCCAUUGAUUCACUAAAUGAAGCCAUCAAAGACUUCAAAGUUAAACGAUAUUCAGAAGCUAAUAUCAAAUUGAGCUCAGCCAUGGAUUCAUCUUCAACUUGUGAACAAGGGUUCAAUGAGAAGAAAGGUAAGAAGUCUCCAUUAACAAAGGAAAACAAAGAUGUGUUCCAAUUGGCUGCCAUUUCUAUGUCCAUCAUGAAUAUGGUUAGAGGGAAUAGUUACUAUUAGCCCCUUCUAAUUUAUCAUUUUUCUCUGCCUAUUGCCAAUUCAAUAUAAUGUAUCUUUAGUUUUUUUAACAUAUUCAGAAACAUUAAGAAAUUAAGAAUA